UACUUGCUCCAGGCUUUGUUGAUCACCCGCAUCCCUUGAAACCCCCAAGUCAUCGAAACCCAGCAGCAACAGCCUCCUUCCUUUUCUCUCAUCCCCAGUACCCAACACCUUUCAGUCUUCUUCUUCUUCUGCUGUAGUAGUCAUCAUGGAUUCAAACUCCGACCCUCCGUCCACGGACAAGGGGACUGCAGUUUCCAAGCCAUUAAAAGAUGCAGUGACCAGGAAUUACCGGCGCCGUCCUCCUGUUACUGCAUCGUCUUCAUCUGAUGGGAGCCCUGAGCACAACAACAGAUCCAGCCCAAAACAUUUACAGGGAGAUCCCAGAGAAGUAUUUGAACAUCAACCGAAAAGGAAAGAUGAUGGAAACAAAUUAAAUAGGGAUUCAGAGAGGAGCCAUUGUGGAAGAAGCAGUGACUCCUACAGAAAUUCUGAUAGGCAGUCCAGGAAUUCAAAGGAUCAUUAUCUGCAGAUUGAUCACAUCAAAGAUGAGAAGCAUGCAGAUGUUGAAGAAAGGAUUAGUCAGAAGUCAACUUCUCGUCUUUGUAGGGAAUCAAGCGGUAGCACUCGUUUUGAUAAUGUCAGGUCAAGAGACCACUCACGAUAUCUCAACAAUAGUUCUCAAGAUAAAUUUGAUGGUUCUGAACAUAGGAACAAGGAUAAAAACAGAGGACCUAAAUUUUUCGACUACCAGAAAUAUAAAGAUGACUCAUCUUCAGAAAGACUUGGAUCUGGUAGAAGUGUUGGACAUUUUGAAGAUAUGGAGUGGGAGAGAGAUAGGCAUAGAGCUGACAGAGGAUCUCAAGAUGAGAAAAGAGAUUAUCAUAGGAGUUCAAGAGAUUUCAGAAGUGAAAGGAGUUAUGAAGAGUCUAGGGGGCAUCAAAGUGACUCAAUUUCCAGGAGAGAUGAUGGUAAACUUCGCGAGAGUGAAGGUUAUAAGAGUCACUUGAAGGAAAUGGAUGAUGAAAAAAUUGCUCCAAAACGACCAAAGUUUUCUAACUGGGACAAGGGGAUUGCUGGUAGGAAAGAUGAUUCCAAGUUCACAACGACGUCUGAAGGAAGGGAGUCUUCAAGUUCCAAGCAAAUUCAAAAUGACAAAUUGGAGACUGACAUAAAUGCUGCAAAAGUAGCUGCUAUGAAAGCUGCCGAAUCAGUUAAUAGGAACCUUGCUGGUGCGGGUCCUGCAGGUUGCCUGACUGCUGACCAAAAGAAAAAGCUGUUGUGGGGUAACAAAAAGAACACAACUACAGAAGAGGCUGGUCACCGUUGGGACACUACUUUGUUCCCUGACAGGGAAAGACAAGAAAAAUUCAAAAAACUCAUGAGUCUGAAGUUGCCUUGGUGCCUAUGGCCAAUUGUAGGGUGUGAAGGGCGAGCACAACCCCGACAACCAAGAGGGCACCAAUCUUCUCAAAGUCGAGCAGCAGAAGGAACUCCAGCAGGAUUUAGAGAAGCAAUAUACAGCUGGACUGCGAAGGAGAGAUGGCCGCACUGUUGGUUUAGGUCUUUAAGCAUUCUAAGAUUCUAUUGUACUAUGAUAAACAUUCGGAUAUUCUUAUAACUUUUGUACUAUAGCUAUGGUUAUCACCUAGUUUUCCAAUCAUGUAAAAUCUCGUCGGUAAUUUCUGUCU